GCAGCAAUGGUAGUGUGAACGGGACAGGAGAUGGAGGUAGCUUUGGAGUUGGGAGUAGUGCCAUGGGUACUGGAGCUGGAUUAGGGGGUCUAUUUGCAGGUGGAAUACCGAAAUUAAAGCCUGCUGGCGAAAGAAGACCUGCAGGAUCAGGAGGAGCCAAAGGAAAUGCACUAAAACCACCGGGAUUCAAGACGCCUAACCCAUCUGGUGCUCCACGAAUUUGCGACACACCUAUUCCCUCGCCACAGUCUUCUGGUCUCCCAAGAUUUAGUGGCCCACCUGCUCCAUUUAGUGGACCUCUAGGAAUAUCCAAAAAAGGGGAUCCUUUGUCUAAGGCUCCUACAGCAGGUGUACCUCCUCCUCCACCUGCCAGGUCAAAUGAAAAAGUGUCAAACUCAGUUCGAGGACCUACAAAUCAGCCCCCUAGCAAAUCUAAUGGCACUCCGCCGCCACCUCCACCAGGACGAUAUGGAAAUAUGAACGCUCCAUCCCUUACAGAUAGAUCUUCUGGGGUGCCACAACACAACCAAUCGAAAGGGGAAAGACCACUGCCACCUCCACCCUCUGGGCAGUCUAGGCCUCUUCCUGCUCCACCACAAAGCGGAAGUGGUGGAAGACCACUUCCUCCUCCACCAGGUAGACCAGGAUCAGGAGCACCCCCAACUCCAUCUCAAAUGAAGAGUCUACCUUCACAACCACCAACACCUCCAGGUUUAUCGAAACAGCUGCCUCCACCACCUAAAAGAGCUCUUCAGGGACCACCUCCUCCCCCUUCAAGAUUAUCCCAGCCAAAUCCAGUAAAUGAUAGUAGACAAGGUCAUUCUCCUCCAAGUAGAGGAGGUCAAGCACCCCCUCCACCACCGCCAGUUGGGAAGCCACCGUUAUCUGUGAGAAAUGGAGCUCCACCUCCUCCAAGCAGAACACCAAACUCAGAAACAAUGGUGAGGCCCCCACCUCCACCAAACAGAGCUCCUCUUCAAAAAUCAAACCUACCACCACCCCCUCCCCCAACAUCAUCACGUCCUAGUAUAUCAAACGGACCAUUGCCUGCUGGUUCAAGAAAUUCUCUACCUCCACCACCUCUUCCUAGUUYAUCUCAAGACGAUUUAGAGUCAAGAUUUAAGUUCAGAUCAAUAAAGGACCUUCCACUUCCAGAACCAUUUACAGAUACAAUAAAGACAUAUCCGAGUCAAAACCCUCAGAGAUCUAAAACAGGUUCAAAUCAAAGAGCAUCUUCCACUCCAUCGCGAGGUGCACCACCACCGCCUCCUCCAAUGAGAGGGGCACCCCCACCUCCACCACCACCUCGUUGAUGAAAUUCAAGAGUCUCUAGACGUCAACUACGAAAUGUGAAUUAAAUGCCUAGCAAGCGUGAUCAAGAAGUAAUUUACUGAUAAAUCACCCUAACAUCUACCACAUGAUGUUCUAGAUGUACAAUGAAUGUGGUUAAUAGAUUCUAAAUUUAGGGUGGCCGGUCCAUGUUAAUGAAUAGCUAAAAAGUACACGCGUUGCUAUUAUUUUUUUUGUAUUCUGUAAAAAAAAGAAAGAAAGAAAAUAAAAGUUGGAUGUUUCGUAUAAGUCGAAGCCAAAGAGUGAGUACCAUUUUUACCUGUUUGAACUUAACUUAAAUAAUGGUCUGUCCUAKUUCAACUUAGUUAGGAUUUGUCACAAACAUGCUUUAGAUAGAGUCAUUUACGUUAUCGUUGUAGUUUGAUCCGCUUCAUCAUACGGGCCUAGACCGAAAAGGAUUAUGGGGAUAGUCAAAACAUCAGCACUUUCUGAGAACAAUGCGUCCGCCAUCUUUAAAAGUGGGACUCGAAUCACUAAAUUAUAAUUCCUAAGCUUCUCAGCUUAUGUCGAGUUAAUGUAAUAUAUGAUAUAAUGAUAGAGUAGUUCACUUAGCAACUACGAAAUGUAUCGUAAGGGUCAACAUAGUGAUUCGGGUCUCACUUUUCAAGAUGGCGGACGCAUUCUCCGAAAGUACUGAUGUAAUGUAUUGGCUGCCACAUUAUCUAAUACGUYUUGAGUUUCUAUUUGAAUUGCUAAAACCAUGCCCCUAGCAUACGUCGAAGAUUUUCGCUGGUGAGCUGUUAGGAUGACGCAAGUUUUGGGUUUACAAGAUCUCCUUUCAAUAUAAUAAGUGAACUAUUUGGACAUUGUCCCUGAUGGAAUAUGAUGUAUAUAGGCUCGUCUUGCUUUCCAUUGUGAAAUUGUCACCGACUGAUAGUGGACAAGAAAUUAUUCAUGUCGAUUUACCCUUAAUCCUUUUCGGUCGAGGCGCGAAGAGAUGAUACUGAUCAAAGACAACGUUUAGUCAAAGAGUGUAUACCAUUAUGUUAACGCAAUUGCACUGGGUAAUGGCUUAAUGCACCGUCGCUGUUGAUCGCAAAGUGCAUUGCAGCAGAAUUAUUAUCAAUGUCAGAAAUUUUUAUACCAAGACUAGAUGGAGAUGAACGUUUCGCAAUAACUAGGUGAUUAUUUUCAGUCUCAUUUUUUUGGCUUAAUGAAAAAUUCUAUGAACCAAUGUAUGUUGAACGUAUAAUUUUUGGAAUUAAACGACUUUUUAAUGAUU